CCAAUCAUUGCCGUUCCUUCCCGCAAAUGCGGUGCUGAGUUAGUUUUAAUUUACAAACAUAUCGACGAAUUAGCAACGACGCAGUUGUCAAAUAAGUUUUAUCUUUUGUCUGUGCAAUGCUAUUGCUAAACUUGUGAAGGAGCAAUUCAACGUUAACAAAAAUAGCCAAUGGCCAUCAAAAUGCAACUUGUGCUUCUUGCCCUUAGCUUCAUUCUGCCUUCGGGCCUGGCCAGCCCCAGCAGUAAUGGCAGCCCCGAAGAACCAAUUAUGACUUUGGACGAUGACUUGGAAAGUAGUGUGCAUAUUGUACAUUAUCAACCGGAACAGGUGCAUUUGGCAUUUGGUGAGCGCACCGAUAGCGAAAUAGUUGUCACAUGGUCGACACGCAGCCUGCCGCCGGACAUGUCCAGCGUCGUCGAGUACGGACCGACGGAAACGGCAGCCAGCGACGGACUCAGGCAGCGCGCCACGGGUGGGGCCACAAAAUUUGUAGACGGCGGUCGGAAGCAUAAAUCACAAUUUAUCCAUAGGGUGACUCUAAGACAGCUAGAGCCAAACACUAGCUACACUUACCAUUGCGGCAGCGCGGCUGGUUGGUCCGCCCGAUAUCAGUUUAGGACAGUGCCCUCCAGCGAGUCGGACUGGUCGCCGUCGCUGGCCAUCUAUGGCGACAUGGGCAACGAGAAUGCUCAGUCGCUGGCACGACUGCAGCAGGACACCCAGCAGGGCAUGUACGAUGCUAUACUGCAUGUGGGCGAUUUUGCCUACGAUAUGAACUCGAAUGAUGCACGCGUGGGGGACGAGUUUAUGCGUCAGGUGGAGACCAUUGCCGCAUAUCUGCCAUAUAUGGUGGUGCCGGGCAAUCACGAGGAGAAGUUCAAUUUCUCCAAUUAUCGGGCACGCUUUAGCAUGCCGGGCGGCACAGACAAUCUCUUCUAUAGCUUCGAUCUGGGACCCGUACACUUCAUUGGCAUCUCCACAGAGGUCUAUUACUUUCUUAAUUACGGCCUCAAGACGUUGGUCUUUCAAUACGAGUGGCUGGAGCGUGAUUUGCAGGCAGCCAAUGAGCCAGCACAACGAGCAAAACGCCCCUGGAUUGUGGUUUACGGCCAUCGACCGAUGUAUUGUAGUAAUGAGAACGAUAACGAUUGCACCCACUCGGAAACUCUAACACGUGUCGGUUGGCCGUUUGUCCACAUGUUCGGUCUGGAGCCUCUGUUCUACAAAUACGGGGUGGACGUGGCCAUUUGGGCUCAUGAGCAUUCCUAUGAGCGCCUAUGGCCCAUCUAUGACUAUCAAGUGCGAAACGGUUCGCUGGGCUCGCCGUAUGAGAAUCCACGAGCGCCCGUACAUUUGGUCACUGGCUCGGCGGGCUGCAAGGAGGGCCGUGAGCCAUUCAAGGGCAAAAUACCGGUCUGGAGUGCAUUCCAUAGCCAGGACUACGGAUAUACACGCCUGAAAGCACAUAAUCGCACCCACUUGUACUUUGAACAGGUCUCGGAUGAUCAAAAUGGCGCCAUCAUUGAUAGUUUCUGGCUAAUAAAAAACCAGCACGGCAGCUACGAGGACCUAUAAAUACAUAUAUAAAUAUAUAGAUACACAUAGAUACGAUCAUAGCUCAAUGGACAAAAUGCACAAACUGGCAGUAUUAAUAGCGCACAUUCUUUGUACAACCUGAUAAUCAAUUUGGCUCAAACAUACAAGUUGAUUAUAGCCGGCUCUAGCACAUUCCUCACACACCAAAAAGCCACGUUGCCUGCAUUGCUAAGAAAUAUAAACAGAAACAGAAACGCAAACUGUAACACAUUCCUUACGCUUAACGAUAAUCAUGUUAUCGUGCAUCUACUUUAAUUAGCCAAUUUUUAUGGUAAAACAUUCAAUAAUUAGCUCUUAUGUAUUUAAAUCGUACAUGUACAUAUCUAUAGUAAGCUUAUGUACUUUGUUGUCCAAAUGGAGGCGAUAUCAAUCCUUUUACAUCUUCAUAGCAGUCCAUAUUUUGGGUAUAAGUACUUUUCUUUUGAGAAAUUUCCAGUUAAAAACUCUUAAUCACAAAAACAUUGUUUAGCUCUGAGAACCGUAAUUGUAUGUAUGUAAUUGUAAAUGUGUCCGUUUCUUAAUUAAUCAAAAAACUUACGUUUAGUGCAAGCGUAUAAACCAAACAAAAUAUAUUUUAGAAUUCAAAGUAAGGCCCAAGAAUGCUGUAGUGUUUGUUCCGAAUUGCUGGAGAAUAGAUGCUUAAUAAUAUUUUAAAAACCUUUAA